UCACUUGUGUCCGAUUUUCAUCGCAUCGCCAAAUGUGUCGCGACGGUACGGUUGUUUUCUCUAUCGAAAAUUGCUCGAUAAACGGUGAAAAACCAAUCGUUGUGCGGUAAUUAUUGUUCGAAAAUGUGCGGAAAAGUGUAGCGCAUCAGCGCAGUGUGAAAAAAGCGAAAACUCCGGUGGCGAAAAGUGUUAAAAUUGCAAAUAACCCAAAGUGGGUUUCUUGCGGAAGGCAGACAUCGUCGUCAGGUUCGUGUUGUUUUGUGUCGAUCCGUCGUUCGCAAGCGAGAGUCUCGAAAAACGAAGGGGAUCGAAGAACUGCCAGGGCCGCAUCUCGGCGGUGUUCGGUGUUUGUGUUAGUGCGUGCAGUGAAGAAGAAAACCUAGGCACCGUGCGAGCGAAGCGCAUCGCGUGAAAGCCGCGAGCAGCAGCACGGAAAAGAACGGGUGUUUGACGGGUGAAGACGGAAGAAUAAACGAAUAAACACAUUUUGCAGGGUGGUAGUAGUAGGCCGUGUGUUUUCACUCUUCUGCUGGUCGUCAUUGGAGAAGAACACCUUCGAAGGAAACGGUCGGUCGGACUUGGCCAGUGCGAGUGCGAAUUCUAUAGUGUUGGAAGGUAAAACAAAUUGGCGAACGGCGGUGUGCAAAAAAUAAGAAGUAAUAAUCAACGCAACUGGGGAAGAUCAAGGUGAAACAACACCGAUACGAACCGCCAAGCCGGAAAUAAAAAAAUGGAGAUAACCGACGAUCGGGUUUAUGCUGCGGAGAAGAUCAUAAAGAAACGUGUUCGACCGGGCAAGGUUGAAUACUUGGUCAAAUGGAAAGGAUGGAGUACACGCCACAACACCUGGGAGCCGGAGGAAAACAUCCUUGAUGAAAGGCUCAUUGACAUGUUCGAACGGUCACUACGAGGCGGCUCGUCUGGCAAGCGCAAGAAUCAAUCAUCAAGGACCCCAACGAAGCCAAUCAUCGAGGACUCCGACGAUGAUGACGUUCCAGUACCUGCCGCGCCUGUACCCACUACAUCUACAACGCCGGUCGUUGUCACUCCGGAACCUGCACCUGAACCGGAAAAAUUAUCCAUCAAGGAAACGAUCAAGAAGGAGAAAGAGGAAAAGCACAGCAAGAAGGAGAAGGACACGGUGGACAGUUCUAAAUUGUCGUCGGCUGCUUCCAAGUCGAGCACAAGCAACGUACAUCUUAGCACUCCUAAAGACAAGCCUACGGUCAGCAGUGACACAACAGGGUCCUCCUCCGGAACAAAGUACUCCUCGCCCGGCUUGAAGAUAUCAAUUUCCGGUCAGAACAACGACAAUGACACGGCAUCGAACAGCAGCGACGAUCAGCCAUUGAGCCACAAAGACUUGGCUGGUACCAAGCGGAAGGCCGAAGUGCUGUCAAAAGAAGGCAAAGUUGGCGUCACAAUCAAAACCUCUCCGGACGAGAGUCCUGCGGCUAAAAACCAGCGGCUAGAAGCGCCCCCGAUGGUCACUCCGGUGUCGUCCGGUCCUAAAACUGAAAUCAAACCCGCGGCUCCCCUCUCACCCGACACGCCUGCAUCACGACCGGAGUCCAACAUUCCACUGGUGGAUAAAUCGGCCGCUGCAGGAGUGGCAAACAACGUUCCCCCCGAAGAGAAAGCCCCAAAGAAACCAAUCUCGAAUGACUUUCCACCCGUGAGCAACAACAAUACGAUAAACAAGCACCAGCAUCUGACGCUAUCGCCCCGGGCCGCUCCCCCACAGUUAUGGCUUCCACGGUCGCAGCCCACCAACCAGGUAUUUAUUACCGAUGUCACGGUCAACCUGGAAACGGUCACCAUCCGGGAGUGUAAAACCGAGCGGGGCUUCUUCAAGGCGCGAGAUCUGAAAAGUGACAUCGUCAACUGAGCCCGGCUUGCGGGGAGAGAGAAAUUUGCUCCGCAAUCUUGCAGCGGAAGGACCUGAAUUUGAACUACAUUUGUAAAUAGCUUUUUAGUGCGCAUCGUCACCUCGGUUUGUUGGGUAUCCUCGACCGGUGUGAGCAUGGGGCAGGGUUGGAACUACAGAGAACAGAAUCAAAGCGCUUACAAGAUAAUGGAUCUAGUGAUAGUGAUACAAAUCAAUAACAUCAAAAUACUAUAAUCGAUAUAACUUGUAGUUACUGGUAACAAGCAAGCAACAAACAAAAUGCUAUUGAUAUUGAAUAUAUAUAAAUGUUUAGUUUGUAGACGACUUCAAGAUAGUGAUCUGCGACUAUGGGAUAGGCAAGGCAAGAAAAAACACAUUCAACCAAGUGAGACACGAUAGAUUCCAUAAACAUUAAUUAUGCUGGUUGAAUUCAAUUCGGAGGAAGUUUGUCGCAUUAGAGAUUAGUUUUUUAAGUCAUCAACGAUUUAUUUAUUCUGCAGCAUCAGAUGUCUCUUAUAGAUUUUAAGUUGUUUUUAAUUGAUAGCUAUGUAUCGGGCUUCGAUAUUCGUCAAAUUUUAUGUAAGAUAGGCUUUUAGAUAUUGUGCGUUCUUUCUUACAUAACAAAACACAAGAUCCCACACAAUGAAAAUUAUUCCGUUCGCCAUCCAGUUCAUCAAACAGCAUGUAACGCGAAAACCCAGAAUUGCCUUUACAAGGCAUCUAUCGAGAGGGAAGAAUGUGUUGGGAUAGAAUCAAACGCGACUUCUCAGUUGUACACUUUUGUAAUUUUCGUUAAUUAUUGACUAAAUUAUUCUUCUGACCAAAAAUGAAUGUCUAGUUUCUUAUAGUCUUAUUUAUUAUCCGAAGCGACGAAAGGAAUACUUUGAAUUUCCGAAAGUUCUUCAAAAAAACUACUUUUGGAUCAGGAUCGUAUCAAAUACAAAAUGCAGCAUUUAGAUAACAAUAUCGAAAAAUAAUAAAGGAUGAAAAAUUGAUACAGAAAGCAAAACAGAACACAGUUUACAGGCACAACUAAAGUAAUACUUCUACCUACCUAAUACAACCCAUACCGGACUAAAUAGAAUCGUUACAACACAUACACAAACCCCCAGAGAAUAAAUACGAAAGCAAGCAUGAAAUCAGUAUGCAUUCAUAUUCUACUUAUUCUACAGCAAGUACUUGUAUGUAUUUUCUCCUAGUUUAUAGAGGCAUUGUUACAUCAGUAUAACAGCAACACAACAAUAAAGCUGGAACAUAAGUAUUUCAA